UCUCCUCGCGGCAUCGAUAAGAGCCGCACGCGGAGCCUUUGCGCAAGAGGUUUUGCAACUCGUGCUCCCCCCCUCGCCGGGACAGCCGCCCCGCCGGCGCGAUGCUGCCGGGCGCGCUGCGGGACGUGGGGGCCGCCGCCGCCUGCCUGCUGCUCCUGCUGCUCCUGGCCGGCGUGGAGCCGCGGCCCCGCAGCUGGGACGAGGACAGGCUGCAGGUGGAAACCAUCAAAAGGAGCAUCCUGGAGCGGCUGGGGAUGCCCGCUCCCCCCGCCGUGCGGCGCAGGCUGGACCAGGAGAGCAUCAGGAGGGCGCAGCAGCAGUACGAGCAGAAAGUGGCCGAGCUGAUGGGGAACCGGAGCCGGGAGGAGGCAGCGGUGGCCGGGACGAGGAGGCUGCACCGCCUGACACCCAUCCUGCGAUGCCGGACGGAGCCCCCCCAAGGAGAGCAGGACCCCCACGGGGACCAGGACCCACGCGGUCCCUACCGCUACCACCUCGUCGUGUCCCGCACGGAGGCUUUCCACCGGCGCCUGCGGGUGGUGCAAGCGGAGCUGAAGCUCUUCAAGCAGUCCCUGGGCUCCCUGGCCUCGGGGCAGCCCCAGGUCAGCAUCUACGCGCUGGGGGGGCCCGGGGGAGCCCCCCAGCUCCUGCAAACCCAAGAACUCGACCCCGACACUCCAAGCGUGGACCUGACGGCGCCCGUCCAGCGCUGGGCUGCUGGUCCCGAGGCCAGGCUGCAGCUGGAGCUGGCCUUCACCGCCAACAUCUCAGCCUCACCGGCGGGCUCGGGAGCCGAAACGUUGGUGCUGGAGGUGGAAACCCUCGAGGCCGCGGGGCCGAGAGCCCGGAGAGCCCGCGGACUGGACGAGGAGUGCAGGAAGAGCGAGGGGAAGUGCUGCCUCAAGUCACUCAAGGUGUCCUUCCAGGACAUCGGCUGGUCGGACUGGGUGAUCGCCCCCAACAGCUACUACAUGCGGUUCUGCGAAGGCUCCUGCCCGCACAACUACAAGCCGGCCAGCAUGCACGCCCAGAUCAAAGCCCGCAUGCACUCCCUCUCCAAGGCCACCCCGGCGCCCUGCUGCGUGCCCGCCGGCUACGACCCCAUGGUGCUGAUGCACUACGACGGCGAGGGCAGGCUGGUCUCCACCGUCUUCGAGGACAUGCUGGUCACCAGGUGCCACUGCGCCUGACGGCCCCUCACCUCUGGCAUGGACGGGGACCCGUCACCGCCCGGGUGGUGGCAGAGCCCCCCCAGCACCAGCGCCCCAAAAAGCAGACCCGCGGGACGAAACGUGCACGGAACGGCUCAGCCCCGUCUCGAGGACACGAUCCCUCCGGUCUCCAGUUGGGAUCGCCGCCACUCCACAGGCCACUGUAACUUAUUCGCCCUCUCCUACCUUAUUUAAAGCAUUUUUUAUUUGGUAGCUGGGCUCUUCCCACCGGAGGGAGGACGGGCACAGCGGCGGGGCUGUCCCCAGGUGGCCGCAGCCCACCCUGGUGCCCACGCGCCCACUCCCCUCUGGCUACAGACUUAUUUAUACAACUUUUAUUUAUUGCUAACUUAUUGUAUCACGCGGUGAGAGAUGUUCUUGGGAGUUUUUUGGUUUUUCCUUUUGUAUUUUGUAUAUUUCUAUAAAACAGAUCGCUGUAGCAUUGGAAACCAAUAAAGUGAUGGGAUCGAG